AUGAUGGAAUCAAAAUCGCCAAGACCUGCACCUAAACCGGGACGAGUGACUGUUUAUCGAGCCUUGCGUGACUACACAGCACAAAAUGAUAAAGAAUUGUCUUUCAGUGAAGGUGAUUUGCUGUAUGUUUCCGAUAGCAGUAAUGACGAAAAAUGGUGGCCAGCACGCUGUAGAAAUCAAGCGGGUUUAAUUCCAUCAAAUUAUGUGAUGACAGCAGAAUAUGUCGAAUAUCCAUUGCAUGAUGCAGCAAGACGAGGAAAUAUACAAGGUGUUAAGGAAUGUCUCGAUAAUGCGGUGUCAGUAAAUGGUUUGGACAAGUCUGGUUCGACACCAUUGUAUUGGUCGAGUCAUGGUGGUCAUGUUGAAAUUGUUAAGUUAUUAUGUUCCAUACCCAGUAUGUGCAUUUCUGCACAGAAUAAAAUUGGCGAUACAGCGUUGCAUGCAGCCGCAUGGAAAGGUCAUUUAGAAUGUGUGAGAAUAUUACUGGAACAUGGCGCAAGUACUACAAUACGUAAUAAUGAACGAAAGCGUCCAGUGGAUCUUGCGGGUGAUCCGGAAACACGGGCCCUAAUUCAAUUGGCAAUGCGUGAGUCGAUAGAUACAAGUGAUUUCCAGAAUGACUAUAUUUCAGAAUCUGAAUCCGAAAGUGAUGAUGUCUAA